UAACAUAUAGACAACCAAAUAUACAUCUGCGUAUGAAUUUAGACUAUGUUAAUUAGAAAAUAACCUGUAUUUACAGUAAUUGCAAGCCAUAAUGUCCGACAGUAAAGAGGAGAACAAAGAGAAAAUGAAGAGGGCAAAUCAGAGCGACGAAUACAAAGUUGAGUCCACUACAGAGGAGUUUGAUAACAAAGAUGAUAUUGAGCAGAUUAUAGUUAGUGACUCUGACUCCCCGAGACAGAUAGACAGCACCACAAAAGAGGAAGAGCCAGAGGAUUAUGUGAUUCCUAAAAAGGUGUUGCCCUGUCACAAUGUACCAGAGAGAAUUAUAAUUGUCUAUGAUCGGGCUGAGGAUGAGGUGAGCACAAAAUUUGAGCUUGGUGCACAGUCAUUCACACCAGCAGAUAUGAUCAAGAGAAGUUUGGAGUUCUUCCUGCACAACAAGAGUAGCAUAGAUAACAGACAUCAGUUUGCUCUUGUUGUGCUGAAUGAGAACAGUGUGGUCUGGGUUAAAGAUUUCACACAUGAUGUUAAAUCAAUCAUAACAACACUGCAAGAUACACCCAAUUGCCACACUGAGGACGUUCUAGUACUUGACAAAUUGUUUGAUCUGGUGAAUUCGAAGAGCGAGCUGAGGAAGCUGGAUACCGGGAAUCUGGAUGUGCCUCCGAAGUACGUUGUUAGGAUUUUGUUCGUUUACGGUAGAUCGUUCACGAUGCCGCAAAUCAAGAAUCAGGACUUGAGGAAAGGAAUCGUGGAGAAUCCGUUCUUCACCUUCGACGUGAUCAUGACGCACGAGAAGCCGAACACCGAUAACAACGCUGAGAGAAUUUCCAAGUUCCUUCAGAACGUCGACACCAAAGGCUUUGCGUAUUUCUUUCCUGUCGCCAGGAACGCGAAGGACUUGCAUAUCGCAAUGGCCAAACUGUUAGGGCAUCCGCUUCAGAGACCAUGCCAGAAGGCUGCUAACUACUUCAUAAACACAUAAUUUAACGUUUUAAUUAUUUUUAAGUUAUUAUAUAUCUGUUAUUAUCUUUAUUUUUUAAUAUAUUCAAAAUAUGUUUUGUUCUUAACAAUCGGCGGAGUUCAUUUAUUCUAAUACAAGUGGUGAUGUUGAUUGCAGCAUAAACAUGUCUUUGAUCAGUUACUCAAAUUAUUGGUUUACAUACUAUAAAGCAGUGGUGGUCAAUUUUUGUGUACAUAAGAUCUACUUUUUAUCUUAAGAAUCUGUCGUGAUCGACUUGUCAUAGGCCUAGUCUAAAUGGGGGGAGGUGUGAAAUACAUAUUUAAUAACUUAAUUUGUUUCACUCGUAACCACCCUUGAUGGCAUUGUACCCAAUUGUACCGUCCCAUGUCAGCUUUGUGCAAUAUUUUAUUAGUUUUAGUAUAAUUUUUCAAUUUCAUUGCUAUAUGUUCGCCGUAUAUGUCACAUUCAUCGCGUUGUUCAUCCUGCUUUGAAUCAUCUGAAACAUUUGAUACUCGAUUACUCACUACAUUUGCUUUGUCCCUUACUAAACUUUUAUAGGCAAACCAAUCGUUUUUAUGUUCCUUAUUUAAAUCAGUAAUAUUCAUAAACAUUGCUCACCAUCUGAACUAAGUGAAUCCUCUCCUAAGCUUGUAGAUGUUACAGGCAGUAAGUAUGUCAUUCAAAGGGAUUUCCAUAUUUGUAGCAAUUUCAUUAAAAGCGUUAUUCUUCUCCGUUGAUAUUCCUUGUUCAUCAUUAGGUUUUAUCUUUUUCAAUUUCGGAGAUCCAAGAUCCGUUUUUUGAGACCCACAUCCUUCAGAACUACCUCCAAGUCUUGGAUUAAGAACGUAUCCGAAGUUUCAACUGUCCAUCCUGCUUUGAAUCAUCUGAAACAUUUGAUACUUGAUUACUCACUACAU